AUGACUGAAUUGAUUCCAUCUUUGAGCCCAUUAACGGCCAUGAUAGGCCAAAUGAUUGGAUGUGGAAGACCUCUCAAAGGGCCUUUCAUAUUUAAUAGAAGUGGAGAUAAUAGACCCCCGAUACCACAGCCGCAACAAAUAAUAAGACCUUUAAUACCGCAAGUCAAUCAAAAUCAACAACAAAAUCAAUCUGAUUCUGAUGAUGAUAAUAUAGAAAUCCCAGAAUCAGAAGGACAGCCACAUGCAGUACCAAAGAAAAGCAAUCCAAGACUCUCAAAAUAUUCGAAACAGAUACUAAUGCAAUGGUUCUUAGCUCAUAAAACUAAUCCCUACGCAAAUAGAGAUGAAAGAAGGAUCUUAAUGACCCGAACAGGACUUACAGAACGCCAAAUUAAAGUUUGGCUAACAAAUGCAAGAAUUCGAAUGAGAUCACUAUUACCAAAUGUACCAACUCCAAAUGGAGCUGGUCGUAAGAAUCAUUCCACAGUUACGGCAAUAAUGAAAUUAUUAAAUACGCAACAGGCAGCUCAGCAAGCACAAAAAUGA